AUGGCAAAUCCACUAAAAAGGGCCUAUUUUCUCUCUGCAAGCCUUCUUGAUGCAAGCCGAGCCGAAGAAUACAGGAAACUAUUCGAUGGCACAAAAGCAUAUAGAUCCUACGAAGAGUUAGCAAAGGAUCCAGAAGUCGAUGUCGUAUACAUUGGUACAAUCAAUCCCAACCAUUUGGAAGUUGCAAAUUUGAUGCUGGACCAUGGCAAACACGUCUUAUGCGAGAAACCGUUGACCCUCAAAGCCGACGAAGCUGUUAAGCUUGUCCAGAAAUCCGAACAGCUGAAGCUGUACAUCAAAGAGUCUGUAUGGAGUCGGUGUUAGGCUGUGCGAUCGACUGAGCCAAGAACUGCCGGAACUGGACGAAAGCAAAACGGUGAUGGUCAACCUUGAUCAGACGAGUGGGAGAACGUCUCAGUGUGUGUA